AUGCAGAGCACGGCGGGCCUCUCGCGGGUGCUGAAGGAGAGCAUGGAGUGGCAGACGAGUGUGGCUGUUGAAGAGGAAGUGAGGGCACGGCGCCUCCUGUGCAAGCUCACUGCGGAGACGAAGGAGAGUCUGCCAGUGGCACCACCGGUGGCGAGCACCAACAGCUCCGGCCACGACAGAGAGGAGGUGGGGAGUAGUGGUGGAGGGUUGGAAGUAUCCAACUGGUUUGGCAACAAAAGGAUCCGGUACAAGAAAAAUAUCGGCAAGUUUCAGGAAGAGGCCAACCUGUAUGCCGCCAAGACUGCUGUAAAUGCAGCACACGCUGCAGCCGCUGCAGUGCAGAACAGCCAGGCCAACUCCCCUACCACACCUAACUCCGGUUCUUCAGGUUCUUUUAACCUCCCAAACUCUGGGGACAUGUUCUUGAGCAUGCAGAGUCUGAAUGGGGAUUCUUACCAAGGGGCACAAGUCGGAGCCAAUGUACAGUCACAGGUGGAUACCCUGCGCCAUGUUAUCAGUCAGACGGCAGGAUACAAUGAUCCUCUUGGGGGAAACAUCAUGUACAGUCCACAUGGCUUAAAUGCUAAUGGGGGAUGGCAAGAUGCAACGACUCCGUCUUCUGUAAUAUCUCCGACAGAAGGACCUGGAAGUGUGCACUCCGAUACCUCGGAUUGAUCCGCCAUUAAUGCAUCUCCUCCUCAAGCUGGGCAUGGACUCUUUUACUGGCUGACCAACAGCAGAGGAUAUUAAAAAAAUAAUCACAACAGAUUAGUUUUCCUGUACCUUAAAAUGUUCCGCCACACGAACGACAUCCUCCAUCACGAACACCAAGUGUUUCCUGAUUGUUCAGUGUUUUCUUUCUGCCUUCAUAAACCAACCAUGCCCUUAUUUGAUUGUCAUAGGAGUAAGCACACACAUGUAUAAAUAAAGAACAGCCCUCAGAUGUUACUCAGCAAACUUUCUCUGCUCUGAACUCAAAUUACUGGAGGACACUUGUGUAUUUAAUAUGACAUUUAAACGGCCAUUAGUUUGAUUUUAUUACACCUCUCCAUUUUGAUGAUUGCUUUCUCUUCGCAUUCUUACAGUACGUAGAUUUAAGCAGCUGUUUCUUUGACUGUAAUGUGCUCCACAUCUUGUCCAGCAACUCAACAAUGCUACUGUUGACAGCUCAAUGGCAGCUUUGUAGUUGCGUUCAAGAUUUAUUUUCGCCUUACAGCCCUAUACAUUAGUACCAGAGAAUGACUAUUCAAACUCUGGAACAUAAAGAAGUGUAAUUGAUUGCUUGACUAUAACAUGACACCAUUCCAUAUUUUAUAAUUUCAUGUUUAGUAUGUACAUAUGUAAACAUUUUUUUUGUACUGCUUAUGGAAAUCAACAAAUCCCCCUACGGUAGAUCAUUCCUUCAUGGCACAGGAGCAGGCCCCCAUUACGCAGGAAAAGUUGUACAUAACAUAACAUAGCUAAAGAGUAAUUAUACAUCCCAUCUGUCAAUCCACAGCUUUAUUACCUCAUUCAAAUUCACACACACCAAUAAUUUCCAACUUUUCUGUAGCUUAGAGUGCUCACUUACUACCUCUAAACAAAAAUCACCACAUCAUUCUUUCUUUUGUCCUUAUUUAAUGUUUUUAUGUAGUUAUUUUUGAUGACAUCUUGUAACACUGUAAACUCUAUCAUUCUCUAUGUAAUCUAAUGUAUAUUUUAAUCUUUUAAUAAAAUACUGUUGCGGGACUGCAACUUAAAAUGACAAAAAUAAAAAAAUGAAAACGAUAACAAUAUUAAUACCGUGAAGAAGAGAUGUGGGGAGGGUGUGGGCGGGGUGAGGUUAUUGGUCUGUGGCUUUUACGACGGGGGUGCGAUGAACAUUGUUGAUAAAUUAAUGCCAAACAGUAAAACUGUUGUAAAUACUAAAGAAAAAAAAACAUUUUGAAUGUUGCUCAUCUUGUUACUAAAUCAUGCAAAAAAAAGAAAAAAAUCACUAUAAAAACUGUAAUGCAUAGAGGUUUCAGUAUUCAGAACUGUACAUUUCAAGCUCUGUUCAACAGGGUUCAAGACUUCUUUUCUCUCUUUUCUAUUGUAUGUGAUUCUGAAACUGAAAAGUCAUGACCGAUGAUUUGUGGCAGUGAUUCUAAUGUAUUAAAGAUGUUUAGUGUUACUUUCUAACCAGACUACACCCUGGACUGAAAAGUCUUCCUUGUGGUAGUUGUGUAAUUUCAAACAUGAAUAAACCUUUUGCUUUCAUGACA